AUGGAAACAGCACUCAGUGCCAAAAAUAAAUUAGAAUUCAUAGAUGGAAGUGCUUCAGAACCACCUCUUGAUGAUAGGUUUCAUGGUUCAUGGAAGCGAUGCAAUAACAUGGUAGCUUUAUGGAUUGUAAACUCUGUUUCUCUCCCAAUAAGACAAAGCAUCGUAUGGAUGAACAAGGCAGAAGACAUUUGGCGCAACUUGAAGUCACGAUAUGCGCAAGGCGACCUCCUUCAAGUUUCAGAACUACAACACGAAGCUUCUUCCAUCAAGCAAGGAGACCUCUCUGUAACUGAGUAUUUCACUAAGCUUCGCAUAAUCUGGGACGAAUUGGAAAAUUACAGACCUGAGUUGGUUUGCAAAUGCCCAACUAAAUGUUGUUGCGACGUGGUUCCUAGUAUCACUCAACGAAGGAUAGAAGAUCAGGCUAUGCAAUUCCUCCGUGGCCUAAAUGAUCAAGAUAACAACGUUCAAUCUCAUAUUCUUCUCAUGGAUCCAAUUCCUCAAAUCACUAAAAUUUUCUCUUAUGUGGUUAAACAGGAACGACAAUCGCAAGGAAGGAAUUUUGCUGGAAACAUCUCUAUUGAAGGUAGACCUACAUGCACUUUCUGUGGAAAGGUUGGAAACAAUGAGAGUUCAUGUUUUAAGAAGCACGGUUUCUCUGAAUCCAAGGGAAAUAAAUCCAACUAUGGAAAAGGAAACAAAACUUGCUCUCACUGUGGAAGGAGUGGUCAUACUAUUGAUUCAUGCUAUAGAAAACAUAGUUUUCCACCUGGUGUUAAAACGCAAGCCAAGAAUGGACACCCCAAUGUCAAUAGCACAUUGACUGAAGAAGGAAAGAAAGACUCUGAUCAGACUCAGAAAGGUGAGGAACAGGAGUUUCGUCUCACAGCCCAGCAAUAUCAUUCCUUGAUAGCCUUAAUGCAACAGUCUCAAUUUGGUGGCUCGAGUUCACCACAAAUCAAUCAAAUAAGCUCCUCUAUGUCCACAUCUGUUCAGCCUUCCAAUGGUAAUCUCGUUCUUCUUAACAUCAACACUCAUCACACAAAGGCAUUUUGGGUAUUAGACUCAGGUGCUACAGAUCAUAUAUCCUCUUCUCUUUCCCAUUUUUUCACAUAUUCUCUCAUUAAACCCAUUGCUGUUAAACUUCCAAAUGGACUUGAACACAUUGAAGAAGAUUGGUAUAGUUGA